UGUGCUACGUUUAUAAUGUUACUAAUUUAUUGUCAGGGUUGCUUUCCAUAGUUUAAAGCUCACUCAACUGGUUUUACUAGGCGGGUUCUAAUCCUGUGCAUUUAAGAAUUCAGUCUGGGCGUAGCAAUUGGAGAGAGCGGACGUUUUCUACCAGCUCCCUCAUUUCAUCCUCCAUGUAACGUAUAAGUAUUACUGACCAGAGUCCAACUAUUCUGGACCAACAUGAGCAACCUGACCUUGACUGAUGACAUCGAGGAGGAGGAUGAAGAGUUCCCCCUCACCGUGACCAUUCCGUGCGGGAUCAUCAUCGUUUGUCUGAUUUUCUUCGCCGUGUUUGGCAACCUAAUGACGAUUGCGGCAUUCAUUCGAGACAAGGGUCUAAGAAAUGUCUAUAAUAUGUACCUUAUAAAUCUGGCCGUCACUGACCUCUUGCUUGGUUUGGUCAGCAUGCCAUUUUACGCCGUCUACACCCUUAAAAGCCACAGUUGGCCGUUUGGUUACCAUUUCUGCAAGACGUACAUGGUGAUAGAUUUUGCCCUAUGCUUGGAGUCCAUCUUGACGAUUAUUGUCAUAAGUCUUGAUCGCUUGCUGCUGCUUCGGUACGGUCCACAUUACAGCCACAAAGAAACACCAAAGGUUGCUGUCUUGAAGUUGGCGUUAACGUGGAUAGUGGCCGUUUCCUUGUACUCGCCAGCAAUCAUCGGCUGGGACUUGUGGACUGGAGAAGACAGCGUGGAACAAGGCGACUGCGACGUCCAGUUUGCCAACGACCUUGCCUUUACGGCGUCUACGGCGGUAGUGGAGUUUGCGAUACCAUUUAUUGCGAUAGGUGUUCUCAACUUUUUGAUCUAUUGUAAGAUCAGGAAGAGGUCUAAGAUAUCACCUGUCGCAAAAGAUGCACUUCCUUCUGUUACCACCGCAGUCGACGCCAAAAACCGGAAAGCGGCACGGUUUCUGGCAAUGCUGGUAGUCGUGUUUGGCAUAACGUGGGCACCGUACACUGUCAGUACCAUAAUCAUUUCGUUUUGUGAUUCCUGUGUCGACGUGAAUCUUUACGAGGCCUUCAACUGGUUGUUAUGGUCAAAAGCGUCACUUAAUCCUUUUCUCUACGCCUACAACAGCGCUAGAUUCGCGAAGAAUUUCCAGAAUAUGUUGGCUUGUUGCAAAAAGGGAAAAGUCACCGACACCACGAGUGGCACUGCCACUACAAACUCCAAACCAUAACUCACCAAAGUUGUUGAUUAUAUCGUAUUACUACUACCUUUUUCAUUAGAUGUUCAUGAAAAAGUAUUGAUCUUUAGUUAUUGCAGUAUGAAUUUGAUUGUUGUAGACGGUUCUUACCUAUCUGGUUGAUCAUUAAUACAAGCAUAAAAAAUUCCAAAAUGUC